AUCCUUUUUCAGCAGCCGUUUCUUUCCGGCAGCACAUCUUGGAGGCGGGCCGAGCGGAGAGUCUGUGCAGCAUGUUAGACCCUGAGGGCAGUGCGGAGCGGGAGCACAAAGUUAAUUCUUCUUUCUGUAAAGUUUUUCUCAUCCUCGUAACCAUGCUCAUUGUUCUAGUAGCGUGGCUCUUGCUAGCCUUUUCUGCCACGGAGCAGAAAGAGACCAAUUUUUACUCCUUUAAAGUGGUGAAUAUCAGAGGGAAGCUGGUCUCUCUGGAAAAAUACAGAGGCUCGGUAUCCUUAGUUGUCAAUGUUGCAAGUGAGUGCGGCUAUACCGACAGCCAUUACAAAGCCCUGCAGCAGUUGCAGCGAGAACUAGGCCCAUAUCAUUUUAAUGUCCUCGCAUUCCCAUGUAAUCAGUUUGGGCAGCAAGAACCAGAUAGCAACAAAGAAAUUGAGAGUUUUGCUCGAAAAACAUAUGGAGUCUCCUUCCCCAUGUUCAGCAAGAUUGCAGUGAAGGGCACUGGUGCAAAUCCAGCCUUCAAAUACCUAGUUGAAUCCACUGGUGAUGAGCCAACCUGGAACUUCUGGAAGUACUUGGUAGAUCCCAGUGGAAAUGUGGUAAAGGCUUGGGAUUCUACUGUCACUAUUGAAGAAAUAAAACCUUAUGUUACUGAGCUUGUCAGGAAUAUCAUACUGAAGAAAAAAGACGAACUGUGACAUUUUUUAAAAAAAUAAAGGACUCUGGCAUUUUCUACCUUUAGGAAUCACUUGUACAAUUUUGUAUUCACAUUCCUAGAAGAAAAUGUAGUGAAGAUAAUAUGAAAAGAGAACUGUUAAUUCCCAGGAGGUAGGGUAGUGGCUGGAGAAAGGCAGAUGUCACUGGGACUAGAAAGGGCUACCAUUCCCUUUUCAGUAAGAGUAGAUAAUGCACAGUCUCCACUGAACAAGUAAACAAACAAGCUGAAGAAGCUGGUAAAAAAAAUAAAUUCACUUCUUUGUUGUGUGGAAGAAUUUAUGUCAUUCCUCUGUAUAAUAAACAUAUUGCUAUAUGAAGAUACUUUACUGAUGAUUGGAAUUGUUUCUGAUAAUCAUCAGUGCACUUUUCUCUGAUUGACCCAAAAUAAAAGAUACCCAUACCAUUUUA